AUGGAUCCCACUACCUUGAGACGAGAUCUGUUUGAGGCCUUACUCCCCAUUCAUUGUCAAGAAUUCCCAGGCCGAGAUGAUGAAAGUUUGCCUUCGCGUAUGACCACCAGACCCAUUCUCGAGGUGUUCCUUUGUGUAGAUGAUUCACGGAGGAACUUUGAGAUUUUCCGCCUAUCCCAAUUGAUACCAGGAGAAAAGCAGCUGAAUCGGAACUACUAUGAAGUUAGCAACGAAGAAUCAAGCUUGGCUGACCAUAGGCUUCCUUGCCCAUCAAGCCUCUUGGGCUCCAGCGUUUGCAAAAUCCGUCCCCCAAGUAUUGAUAGUGGCACGUCUUCUCCAACAAGAGACACGGGGUAUCUUAACCUGAUUCUUUACACUAUCUCCUUCUAUUUCACGCUAAAACUCGUGAUUGGAGCUGCAGAUAUAAGACUGGUAGAAAUUCUGCUAGGCCAAAGCAACGACAACCUACAGCUACAGCUACAUCAUACGACGCUGCAAAACGCCCCUGCUUCCGAAAGUUCCAUGCUGCGGCUGGACCAGGAAUUCCGGCUUAAUGCCGGUAAAAUGGGCCCCAGGACAGUCGCCAAGUGCGCUCACAUUGGGUAUGCGAUGUGGGACAUCUAUCGAAAUGCCAACAGCGCUUGUGGAACUCCAUUAUUCGAUGUAUUCACUCGGCCGUACUUCAGACAGACGUGGAUCAUACGAGAGUUAAUUGUCCUCAAAAACAGCCUUUGCGAUAUGUGGAGGCAGGAAGGCCGACUGGAAUGCUUCCGCGGGGCUGCAAACCACAUUAUUCAAGUUGAGCUACACCAAGACCAUCUAUCCUACCAUGCACAAUAUUCUGUUCACCCAACGUGCAAACUAGGUAGAGUUCUGGACAUUGACAUUCUUAUAUUCGAUUGA